AAUCAACAUCCGCUUUUGGUUUGUCGAGUUGUAACGCUGAGCCAAACGUGAAAACUUCUUCGAAGUGACUGUAAAGAUAUAAUGGCAGAGGAAGGAAGGAAUUCGUCUUCCAGUGGUUACCAGUGUACACUCUCCCCAGAACUAAUACAGAAGGCAGAAAAGGAGUUAAAUGAGAAGGCGGAAUGGAGAAAUCGAGAUAUCCAAGCUCUCAGAGACAUGGUGAAUAAAAAUAAAGAGCUUCAAAUUCGGACAGAUGAUGUUUUCUUGCUACGCUUUCUGAGAGCCAAAAAGUUUGACUAUGACAGAGCAUAUAACCUCAUCCUUACACAUUUCCAAAUGAAGAAGGAAAAUCCAAAGUUGUUUGAAAAUCUCCGACCAUCAGCAGUGAAGCAUGUUUUAGAGGCUGGAGUAACGGGGGUGCUCCCUCAUCGAGACAAGGAGGGGAGACGUGUUAUUAUAUUUAGACCUGGUAGAUGGGAUCCAAGUCGGUUUCCUGUGGAUGAUGUAUUUCGGACAAACUUUAUGACAAUAUCAAAGAUUAUACAGGAUGAAGCAACCCAAGUCAAUGGAAUAAUCAUGGUUAUGGAUUUGGAUGGUGUUGGAUGGGCUCAUGCUAGAAAUAUUUCUCCAUUUUAUGCAAAACGUAUCAUGUCUUUGCUGCAGGAUGCCUUUCCUGCAAGAUUCAAAGGAAUUCAUUACUUAAAUGAACCAGCAGUAUUUGAUUAUAUAUUUGCAAUAGUUAAGCAGUUCAUGAAAGAAAAGACAGUUAAUCGACUUCAUUUCCAUGGGAAAAAUGUACAGGAAUUGACAGAUUAUAUUGAUCCUGAAUAUUUACCGGAGGAGUAUGGUGGAAAAGCACCUCCAUACUCAAAUAAGGAAUGGAUGGAAGAGCUCUUAAAAUGUGAUGCAGAAUUUGAUGAAGAGGCAAAAUAUGGGUUUGUUUCUGGCUCUACAAUAGAUCAGAAACUCGGCCAAGAUGCCAUGGAGUGUGUAAUGGGAAGUUAUAGAAAACUCAGUGUUGAUUAAAGUUACCAUUCCACAUGCUAUGAUGAUAUCAGUGUGAUAUGCACAUACAUUUAUUUAUUUAUUUGAAGUUGUUAGGUGUGUACAUUUUGUUUUAUUUACUGGGUUAGUCUUAUACAAUUGUUAAAAUUGUUAAAAUACAUUUAAAAUUUAUGUGGAAAUUUUAUUUGGUGGACAGUAGUGAUUGGAGGUGGGUAUAGACACACUUGGGACUGGGAGCAUUAUUUACACUUAACAUAGCAGGGAUCCUAUUCAUUUUUGUGUCCUUGUUUUGCUACAAAUUUUUGAUUGAUUAAUCAAGAGUUUUAUUUAAUGUAAUCAAAUUUAAACACCAGUGUUUGGGGUUUUUUUUUGUGUUUUAUCUUAUUUUCAAAAUAUUUUGACUUCUAAUUCAUUUUUUCUUUCUGAAU